GGCUGAAAAAGGAAAAAACCUUCGGCAAUCCUGAAAAUGCCUGGGUAACAUCCUUCUAUUCUCCAAUAGGCUUGCUAGCUAACCAUCUAGCCAGUUGGCUAGUCAAGCGAAUGAAAUUAUUGCUAUAACCGCGAGUGUCCCUCUAAUGAGAGCCUCAUGGUUUGCGGUUAAGCAUUAAUGGAAGUUGUAUGCAUAGUGUGUCCUUUCUCCCACAACCCAUAUGUGUUGCAUCAUUUUCCAAGAAGAGUCCCUUUUGGAGAGAGUGAGAAUGUUAGCCAUAUUGGCUAACUAGCUAAAGUUGGAUCGCGAAGGCCUUGGCGGCGCCAUUUUGAAUCCAGCAGCUUAAGUUAGAGCUAGUCGACCACGGUCUGUAGGAGAGCUUUCCACCCCAAGUAACAAAAUGAUGUGAGAGGAAACCAGUUCAUCGAGAAGGUUCACCCGCAAGUGAUUUUUUUUUUCUACCAACACUUUUGGGAACAUAGCAAUCCGGCUCGGCGACCAGACGGCCUUUUGUUCGGGAGUGGCUGGCGGGUUUCACAACAAGGCCUGUUUGGUGGCGUUUCAACCAGUGUGGCUAUUACUUAUGGAUGGAUCAGUGGACUUCAACCCCCCCCUGAUAGUAUUCCAGUUCAGGCCUAUCAUCACCUCUUAUGUGUGAAUGAUUAUUUAGACAGCCUAACACAACCUCAAUCAAAAUGGCGUGGUCUCAAAAUGGACGCUAUAAAUCCACGCUCGCAUAGAGGGGGUAGCAGGCCCUAGUCUUUUUUCCGAUCCACUUCUCCCUCAUCUAAUGGACACUUUCCCUUCAUGAAAGCCCAUUGCGUGGCUUGGUAAAGAACUUUUGGGCGGGCCGGGAAACAUGGUGCAACGCUGGAGGCAACUGCUUCAGAUGGCGACUCCCUGUGUACCCGAGGAUCUUAUCUGGAGAGAGCGUUUGGUGGAUGCGCAGAUGCCUAAACAGCUUCCAGAUAAGUGGCAGCACGACAUGUUUGACAACGGCUUCAGCGGCUUCAAUGGUGCUGCUGGGGGCGGCGGAGGAGCUGGUGUGGAAACUGGAGGGAAGCUCCUCGUCUCCAAUCUCGACUUUGGGGUGUCGGAUGCAGACAUUCAGGAACUUUUUGCUGAAUUUGGGACCCUGAAGAAGGCUGCAGUCCAUUAUGACCGGUCAGGAAGAAGCCUGGGAACAGCAGAUGUCCACUUUGAAAGGAGGGCAGAUGCCCUCAAGGCUAUGAAACAGUACAAUGGCAUCCCACUUGAUGGGCGGCCUAUGAACAUACAACUCGUCACAUCACAGAUCGACACACAGAGGCGACCUAUGCAGGGUCUGAACAGAGGUGGUGGAGGCAUGAACAGAAGUCGUGGAGGUGGCUUCGGAGGCAUGCAGAGAGGACGUGGAGGAAGAGGGGCAGGUGGUGCCAGAGGAAGGGGUCGAGGCGGAAGAGGAGGCGGCUCUAGCAAGCAGCAGUUAUCGGCAGAAGAACUUGACGCCCAGUUAGACGCCUACAACGCCAGGAUGGACACCAGCUAAGAAAUGAAGCUCUUCAGAGUUGUCGUCCCUUCCUGUCUGCACAGAAGGGUGGUUGUUACAGAUGUGCAGAAUAUUUUACACUCGGUUGUCUUCUGAUGUGAUUGAAAUUAUUGUUCCAACCUCUUCUUUUAAAUGCUCAAGUGUUUUUUACCAGUAUUUUUUUUUUUUUUCCAUUUUUCUGAUGAAAAUGGUUUUGGCUGUAGGUAAAUGUGAAUUGGGUUUUCCCAGUUCUUUCCUCUACCCUGUAGUUAAUGGAACUUGUAAUAAAACCUGCAGUGCAUAUUAACCAAA